UUUUCGCGUUCGGUCCCUUUUCGGCUUCUGCCCUCAACCAAGAUGGCGCUACCACCGAAGCUGCCGAGGCUCUAGAGGUUGCCGAAGCAGAUCCGGAAGCUACCGAACGAGUCCGGAAGUUGCCGAAAGAGAGCAGCGGGGAAAGAGGAUGGCGGAUAUCAUCGCAAGACUCCGGGAGGACGGGAUCCAAAAGCGUGUGAUACAGGAGGGGCGAGGAGUCCUCCCUGAUUUUCAGGAUGGAACCAAGGCCACGUUCCACUACCGGACGCUGCACAGCGCCGAGGAGGGCGUCGUGCUGGACGACAGCCGGGCGCGUGGCAAGCCCAUGGAGCUCAUCAUCGGCAAGAAGUUCAAGCUGCCCGUGUGGGAGACCAUCGUGUGCACCAUGCGCGAGGGGGAGAUCGCCCAGUUCCUCUGCGACAUCAAGCAUGUCGUCCUGUAUCCGCUGGUGGCCAAGAGUCUGCGCAACAUCGCCGCGGGCAAGGACCCCCUGGAGGGGCAGCGGCACUGCUGCGGCCUGGCCCAGAUGCACGAGCACAGCUCCCUGGGCCACGCCGACCUGGACGCCCUGCAGCAGAACCCCCAGCCUCUCAUCUUCGACAUCGAGAUGCUUAAGGUGGAGAAUCCCGGCACGUACCAGCAGGACCCCUGGGCGAUGACGGACGAGGAGAAGGCCAAGGCGGUGCCGGUCAUCCACCAGGAGGGCAACCGGCUGUACCGCGAGGGGCAGGUGAAGGAGGCUGCGGCCAAGUACUACGACGCCAUUGCCUGCCUCAAGAACCUGCAGAUGAAGGAGCAGCCUGGGUCCCCCGACUGGAUCGAGCUGGAUCAGCAGAUCACCCCGCUGCUGCUCAAUUACUGCCAGUGCAAGCUGGUGGCCAAGGAGUACUACGAGGUGCUCGAUCACUGCUCCUCCAUCCUCAACAAACAACGUCAAGGCUUACUUCAAACGAGGCAAAGCCCAUGCGGCCGUGUGGAAUGCCCAGGAGGCCCAGGCUGACUUUGCCAAGGUACUGGAGCUUGACCCUGCCCUGGCGCCCGUCGUGAGCCGCGAGCUGCGGGCCCUGGAGGCACGGAUCCGGCAGAAGGAUGAGGAGGAUAAGGCCCGCUUCCGGGGCAUCUUCUCCCACUGACGGGGCCACCCGGCCCCGCCCCACCCCACUGAGCCCACCGCUGCCACUGCCAGUCCACCCAGCCCUGCUACACCAGUUCUCUGUAUAAAGGCCUUAUUUAUCUCUCUCUGGGCUGCCGAGCUGAUCCAUCGGGAGAGCUGGGCACACCUGGCGUUUCCUGAUGCCGGGAGGCAGAGGAUCAGGGUUUAGUUCCAGCUCCCGAUUCCCAGCUGAGACUUCCCUGAGCCUCAGGGCCCUGACAGAGAGGGGAGGUGGUCCUUUCCAGCCAGGGCUGUGGCACCUGGGAGCCACGGUGUGAAGGGGGAGAUACAGCAGGUACAAGCCAGGUGGCCGGUGCGGAGGCCUCCUGUGGGAGGAGACAGAACUUGAGAUGUGUCCUAAAGGUGAGGAAGGACGUUUAGGGGCAGGGGACUUGACAAGGCUGCAGUUGGCAGAGAUAGGGCUGCCUUGUGUCUGUCUGUGUGCGUGCGUGUGUGGUGGGGGGAGAAGGGCAGAGAUGACACUGGAAGGUCCAGACUGGGGAGAACCUUUAGGGCCCAGUGAGGGACUCAAGAGUAGUCCCAGGAAGCAGUGGGGAGCCAUGGCAGGAUUUAGAGCAGCAGAGGGCUGUGGUCCUGGACAGCUGGGACUGGAUAGGGCCAGGAAUCCUGGGUGGGGCCAGGGGGGAGGGUGACCAGAGGGAGGAGUUUGGAGAAGAGGGUGCCCUGGCUGGGGGCUGCAGGGCAGGGGCCGAAGGGUCAGGCUUGGGACUCCCAGACUGGAGAGAGGGCAUGUUUGGAGACUGGUGCUGAGUCUCUCCAGGGGGUCCUUGGGACAGGCCAGCCUGGCAGGGUGGGAGAGGGGAGGGGUCUGAGGGAGCACCCAGCAGGUCCUGUGGGGAGAAACCAGAGGACAAGGGUGUGCUGGGAGGUGGCCGCUGGGUGGGCCUCUGUCUGGAACUUGGGUGGUGUGGGAUGGAGAGUAAAGGAAGAGGGCUGGCACCCUGAGAGAGGUGGUCUCCCAGGGCAGCCACCUGCUCCGGAUCCCCUUGUCCCCUGGCCUCAGCUUUUGGAGGCAGGGGUUUCAGUGACAGGCCACGGCUGGCCAUGCUGGCCGAGGUGGGUGAGAGUGAGGUCGAGGGGCUCUAUCUCCGAAGAGGCGGCCUUCCCUGAGACCUUCGAGGCCUAGCCCCUGUCCUGACCUGCUGGAUGACCCCGGGCAGGUCCCUGUCCCCCUCUGCUCUUCAGUGUACCUCCUGAGCUGUCAACUGCAGCCAGAUGGUGGGCCAGUGGGUGGGAUGCAGGUGGCAUUUAUUUUCAUGGAUUUACACAUGUUGGAAAAGCCUCUGGGCCCUGGCCCACCCCCGCCUCCCUCCCCUGGGCUGGGUCCCCCCACAUGAUGGGGAAGUAACACUGAUGGGCAGAUAAAGGUGCAGGGGGUGGGGCCAGUGGGCCAGGGCCGGACAUCUAGACCCCCAGCCUCCCACAUGCGGCCUCUCAGGCCCCUCAGGUGUGAGAAUAAAUAACCCAGGUUCAGCCCCGGUUUGGGCCUCA